UGAUCAGAUUUUGUUUAAUAACACUGGGUACGUCUGCAUGCCCUUAGGCUUCAGCAGUUCCCACAAAAAUCCAGGGAUAGACAAGAAUAAAGCACAUUGUGUUACAGCGUCCUGAGAACUGCGGUCUGAUCAAUACUCAGAGAAACUCAAUCUUUACAAUGAAAAAGGUUUAUGAUCAGACUGAGCUGAACAAUGAAUUGUUUGCUGCUAGGAAUAAACUUGUUCUUGUAUAUUUUUCAUCUGAAAAAUGUGGACCAUGUAAACUAACAACACCUUUUCUCAAUAACCUAGAACCACAGAUGCCAGAUGUGGUCAUUAUUAAUGUUGAUACCAACGAAUGUGAGGAUUUUAUUGAGCGUUACGUGAUCAAGGGAAUACCAUCAUUUUACUUUUUUAGGGAAACUAAAUUGGUAUAUAACUUCCAAGGAGCAAAUACACAAUUCCUAGAAGCCCGAAUCAAUGAACUACGACAUAUUAGCUAAUUCGUCUAUUUCAUAUUUGACAUUGUUCAAUAAUGGUUGGCCUUUUAAUAAUGACAAUGUGCAGAAAUAGACCUGUACUAUUCACACACGGCAUCCCCUUAUUUUGGAAUGAAUUGAAAAUAAAGUUUUUAUUACUGGUAAAAUACUGGUAAAAUGUAUUAUGCUUAAAAAGCUGUAUUUUUCAUCACAAUAAAGGACUCAGCUAUUUUGUUUCUGA